AAUAAUAAAAUAAUGUAUUUUAUUUUAUUAUUUUCUUAUUUCUCUUGAGAGAACGUAUAAUUAUUAUUGUGAUAUAUAUUUUAAUUUAUUUAUACUGAUAUCUAUUUGACAUAUUUGAUGAUAAAUAAUACUACUUAUGCUACUUUAAAGUAACUCUUGUAUUUUAUUAUAUCUAUUAACAAAAUGAGUGGUGAAGAAAGACUUGUUACAGAAGUUCCCAGUAGUUUAAAACAAUUAGCACGUUUGGUAGUACGUGGAUUUUAUACAAUAGAAGAUGCAUUGAUUGUUGAUAUGUUAGUUAGAAAUCCAUGUAUGAAAGAAGAUGACAUUUGUGAGCUUUUAAAAUUUGAACGUAAAAUGUUAAGAGCUAGAAUAUCUACAUUACGUAAUGAUAAAUUCAUACAAGUUAGAUUAAAAAUGGAAACUGGAUCAGAUGGAAAAGCACAAAAAGUUAAUUAUUAUUUUAUUAAUUAUAAGACUUUUGUAAAUGUAGUAAAAUAUAAAUUAGAUUUAAUGAGAAAGAGAAUGGAAACUGAAGAAAGAGAUGCAACUAGUAGGGCUAGUUUUAAAUGUACAAAUUGUUUGAAAACUUUUACUGAUCUUGAGGCAGAUCAAUUAUUUGAUAUGACUACUGGUGAAUUUAGAUGUACAUAUUGUCGUGAAGUAGUGGAAGAAGAUCAGUCUGCUCUUCCUAAAAAAGAUUCAAGACUAUUAUUAGCUAAAUUUAAUGAACAAUUAGAACCUUUAUACAUUUUAUUAAGGGAAGUAGAAGGUAUUAAAUUAGCUCCUGAAAUAUUGGAACCUGAACCAGUUGAUAUAAAUACUAUUAAAGGUAUUGAUACAAGAAAACCAAGCAGUCUAAGAGCACCUGGUGAGCAAUGGUCUGGUGAAGCUACCAGAUCAUCAGGUUUUAUGGUAGAAGACACAAGAGUAGAUGUUACAAUUGGUGAUGAUUCUAUUGAUGAUAAUGUGACAAAUAGAAGAAAGGAAAGACCAAUUUGGAUGAUGGAAAGUACUGUUAUUAAUACUGAUUCACAGCCUGAUGGAGUUAAUACCCAAGAAAAUAUUUUGGAUAAAGCUGCAGCUACUGCUACUAAUACAACAUCAACCAAUAAUAAACAAGGUGAAGAUAUAAUGUCUGUAUUAUUGGCUCAUGAGAAAAAAGGAGGAACAAAUUCAGCAGCUGCUAUAAAAUCUGUAUUACCUCAAGAAUCUAGUGAUAGUAGUGAUAAUGAAGAAAUUACUGAAAUGCAAGCUAUUGAUACAGGAGAGGUAGAAACCAUGGAUUCUGAAGAUGAAGAUCUUGUACCAACUGUAACUGUUGCAGGAAAGACAGUUGCUAUUGCAGAUGUAAAUGAUGCAUUAAUAGCAGAAAUGACUCCUGUAGAAAAAGAAGCAUAUAUUCAAGCAUAUCAAGAAUAUUAUUCGCAUAUGUACGAUUAAUUAUAUACGAUAAUGCAGUCAGCAUUGAUAUGAAAUAUUUAACAAUGCCUUGAAAGACUGAGCGAUUAUUAAAAUUCUUGUAAU